AUGCCCUUCGAGAAGAGGGCUACCGCCGUGAUGUGGCCUAUGCCGUUGCCUUAUCCUGCAGCCUUAAAAGAGUCUGGAGGUUUUGCUUUGAGUUCUGAUGAGAUCUCGUUCCACAGAGGCGUGAACUUAGUUGUCUUGUUGUUGGACUGGCUUCAUUUGAAGAGGCCUCCCACUUGUCCAGCUGAGAUUGUUCUCCAUGUUCCUCUGAGUCGUUUGCAAUGGCGAGUUGUUAGACAAAUUGAAUCAACUAUGCAUGCAUGGCGUGUUGCAGAGCCUGUCACAGCAUUUAAUAUGGGUCGAGCGGCUGAAAAGGUAGAGAACAUUGAGCGGGCCUUGGAGCGACUUGGAAAUUUUGAAACAGGCAUCUAUGACUUGUUCGAGGAAACUCUACCUGAAAACAGUGGCUCGAUUUUUGGGUCUGCAGCUCGGAGUUUCUUUGCUCCCGGACUUCAAUCAGACAUUGGAGGUGAAGUGGUAGGCCAUGGCCAGUCUUUUGGUGGUUCAGUGGCGAAGCCCAUUGUAGCAGAUAGGCUGGACUUUCGAGGCCAACCCUUGUUCGAUCCAAAACCCUUUCUGGAUAAGCAAAGUUGUUUCAUUUUCGAUGAUCCUUUGUCUGCAGCAAAAACGCCUGAGGAGGCAUUAGAAGAUCCGCCGCAAGUUCGUCUUUUUGGUGAUGAAGCUGAACUCUGGAAAUUGUUCAAAAAGCUGGAUUCCAGUGGGCGUUUGGGCGCUAUCCCAGAUACUAAAGUUUUGCCGGGGUUUCAAGCUGGACUGUUUUCCGUAGGGAAAGAUGAAUGCAAAGAUCGCCUCAUUUUUGAUUCUCGGCCGUUUAAUAUCUUAGAGACCCCACCGAACCGGUGGAUUCGUUCGAUGGCAGCAGGGACAAACCUCACUGAGUUCCAUUUGGAGGACAACGAGAUGCUGGUCGUUUCCGGCACAGACUUGCGAGAAUUUUAUUACACCUUUGCAGUUAGUGACCGCCGCCUGAUCCGCAACAGUCUUUUGUUCUCCACCACUGUCGAAAAGAUUAGAGGUUGGAAUUGUUGCACUCCUGAAAUCACCCAGCACAAAGGGAAAAUUUUCCUAGGCCUGAGAACACUAGCUAUGGGGGACACGUGUGCUGUUGAACUAGCCCAGACUGCACAUGUAGGCAUUUUAAGGCAGCUUGGAUUGCUGAAAGAGGAGAACAUCCUAGCCAUGUCUUUGCCUGUUCCUCGUUCCUUGUCUUGUUUAGGAGUAGUAAUUGACGACCUCAUUGCCUUUGAAAAGAUUCUGAGAGGCUCUUUUGAUCCGGCGGCCGAUUCCCAUAGCAAGCGCAUAGUCUCCACUGCAGUUGAACGUUUCAAAACACUUGGGCUGAUUCCGCACGAAGGGAAGACGUUUUAUAACCAGACUGAAGCUGAUUUUUGGGGCGCCUCCUUCGAUGGCGAUUCAGGUUAUGUUCGAGCUGCUUUGAAACGAAUUAUCCCAAUAUUGUUUGCUACAGUUGGCAUUUUAAAAAUUGGAAUCUGCAGUGUGGGGCUUCUUCAGGUGCUUGUUGGAUGCUGGACAUCAGCCUUUCUUUUUCGACGGAGAAUGCUCAGCAUUUUCAAUGUCGUCUAUGAGGUUUUUCAGCGGGUGGAGUCGGAUAGGGCUGUUAUAAGGCUUUCUGAUGCAUUGAAAGAGGAAUUGAUGUUGUGUGUGGGCCUCAGCCCCCUUGCAGCCACAUGUUUGCGCAGCAGAACAUCUCAGCAAGUCUUUGCGUCGGAUGCCUCAAAUGUCGGUUGGGCAGUAGUCUCUGCAAAGCUACCUCCUUGGCUUGCCAAAGAAAUCCAUAGGCAUGGACUUCGGAAGCGUGUGUGGACUCGGUUGCUGUCACCAUUAAAGUCUUUACAAAAAGAGCGAGGUGUCUUGGAUCAGGCCGAUGAAUUGCCUGGAGGUGAGCCUUUUGCCUCGCAUCCCUUGUGGCUGCUUAUAGCCGGAGCUUGUCAGUUUGAAACCUUGAAAAGUCGUCGCACUAAACUUGGUAGGCAUAUCAAUAUAGAUGAGAUGGUUGGCAUGUUGGAAGCUGAGAAGUCGGCUGUAGAAGAAGGCUUCCCUGUCAGAUAUUUUUCCUUAGCCGAUUCUCAGGUCGGACUAGGUGCUCUUCUGAAAGGUCGCUCAAGUUCAAUAGCUUUGAAUGCACUUCUCCAGGAAAGCUUGCCACUGCAUUUGUCUACCAGCGUUUUAAAUCCAGCAGACGAUCCUACCAGAGGCGUUCCGUUGAGGAGGCCCCAUUUGCCUCAACCUUCAUGGCUCAGUUCUGAACGUAAUCUUUCUAUUGAAGAGCGUUUGACUGAGUUAGAUGAUUGGCUGGAGUCUUGUCAAGCGUCACCUUGGGAUCUCUCGGGGUUGCCACCUUUGGAAGAACUUGACGGCGAAUUUGAAGAAAGUUUUGAGUGGAUGAAAUCUUGCAGACAGAAGGGAUUUUUGAAGAAGAAGCGUCAACCUCCUUUUUCCAAAGCAUCGAAAUCCGUGAGGGAGUUUUUAGGUGCUAAUGAGUUCCUUUCACCAGAAGUUUCGAGUUCAAAUGAGCGGAAAUCUGUGUCGAGCUGCCCCAACGCAAAGCAGUUAGGAGUAAAAGCCCUGUCACCUGAAGCUAUCUCGUUUCUGAGUUCGCUGCCUAGGGAACAGUUCAUUUUUCCGGCCUCAUGGAAUGUACAGCCUGACUGGGUGCCAGAUUUUGCUGGAUAUCUGGAUCUAUAUUCAGGUAAGAAAGGCAUAGCCUCCGCAGUCGCACGCAGUGGCAAGUCAUGGUCGAUAACUUUUGAACUGGAAGACAGCGAAGCGCAAGAUCUUAGUUUAGGUUCCAACAGAUCGGUUGUAGAGGAAUUGAUUCGUUUGCGAGCUGUUCACACCGUAGGGGCUGCCAUUUUUUGUCGGUUUUUUUCCAGAGCAGUGCGUCCACCUGUCAGGUCGAAGCUUAAGCCGUUUGGUUUAGCCCAGAUGAGUUUGAACAUGAAGCAGAAAGUGGAUGAAGGAAACGAUCACGCACUUUGGCUUGCUGGCAUUAUUUGGCUUUGUCGAGAGUUUUCAAUAAGAUACUGGGUUUUCUGCAAAGGAGGCCAUAAGCAUGUGAGACUUGUUGGUUGGAGCCGCCUUCACCGUAUGCCAUGGACUCGAGUCGCACAAGUGUAUCCACGUCGUUUGGUUCAUUGGGUUUCUAGUGCCAUUUUGAUCGAUGCAGGACUCAUGCCUGGUAGGAGACAUUUGAACCUUGCCAACAUUUGCCGAUGUAAUCAUGGAAGGAUCGGAGAAGCUUCAAACCCAGGACCUCGGCGAGCAGCCAGAUCUCGCCGUCCUUUGCAAGCUUUGUUAGAAGCUGACAUUGUGGAACCUGAAACGGCGCUUUUAGGUGAACGUAUUUGGUGGUCUUUCCGGAACUGGGCGGGAGAUUUAUUACUGCCACGUGAUUUGCUGAUGGAAGAAGCAGACAUCGUUUAUCUUCAGAUUCGACAUCCAAAAGGCCGAAGGCGGGGAAUAGGUGCAACUCAACAUUCCAAGAUCAUCGAUCAACGUUUAGUGAGCUUCCUGGAUAAGCUGUAUGGCCGCUGGGACAGAACUAUUCCUUUGUUUGGUGGGUCUUUUUCUUCGUACAGAAAGCGAUGGGAUGCAGUUCUGACUUUCUUGAGGGUUCCAACAAAACUGGGUCUAACGCCUGCCUCUCUUCGUGCUGGAGGCGCUGUUAGAGCUUACCGAGCAAAUGAAGAAAUUGCUCGGCUUAUGUGGCGAAUGCGAAUUCGCAACAUUGACACACUCCAACAUUAUUUGCAAGAGACCGGCGCAGCCAGCAUUUUUGCGGAACUGCCUUCAGACAGUCGGCACAGAGUCCAACAUGCAGCUUUGAUGUUUGACGUUUCUGCGAAAGGAUGGAAAAGCUGCUUCAGACCGAUGUUGACACUGCACGGCCGUUUGUGGUCUUCAGCGAUUGUAGUGCCACUUUUGUCGGUGGAGCUGGACAAUUGUCCGUUGCGCAGAGAUCCUUGA